AUGGGUGCUGCUGCUGAUGCUUAUGCCGCCGAAGAAGACAAAACCCCUCAAGCUUGUCGGAAAAUGUGUAUGUGUAACCUCUUCUGCCUCUGCCUCACGAUCCUUGUAGGUGUGAUUUGGCUCUUCAACCUCAUCGUCAGGCACAUCCUCAGGGACAUCGAAAUCAACCGCGUGGACCCCACGUUCCACCUCCACUCCGCCACCGUGUCCCUACUCAACAACGCGUCUGCCUCCGAGUUCACCGCCAGUUGGGACGUGACGCUGGUCGCCUCCAACCCCAACCACAAGCUCGACAUCUACUACGACACCCUCCAGGCCGCCAUCUUCUACAACGCGAACCGGAGCGACAGCUAUAGGCCCAGAGUCUUGCUGGCAACGAAGCCGCUGCCGCCGCCAUCGGCUCUGAGAACCAGGGCCGAGACCACUUGUAGUUUCCGCAUCGAAGCCGCGUCCGCGUACAUAGGUGAUGACAUGGCCAAGGAAAUCUCGGAAGGGAGAGCUCGUGGAAUGGUGAGAUUUGAGCUCACCCUGUUGGCUAUGUAUAAGUUUCCCAACUGGUAUUGGACAUAUCCCAAAUUGUUUGCGGCUUGGUGCAACCCCGUCGAGUUUGGAUUUUCCCCGGAUAAUUGGAUCGGGACGGCUCAGUCAAGUGCAUGCGAGGAGAAUGGGGAUCUAAGUCGUUUGGUAUUACAAAUUGCAAGAUGAGUUUAUUGACUCCUUGAAACCGAUUAUUUUAUUCAUGGAAAGGAAAAAGAAGGAACUUAUGUGUAAUCUUACAGCAAGUACCAAUAUUUCUGUAUUGUUAGAAAAUUGAAUAUUUUUUUUAAUUAUUGUAUA